AUGUUCACCCACGGCUACGAGCACUCCUUUGUCUAUACAUAUGCUAAUCUCGGCACUGCAUUCAGCCACCUGAAUUUGCACAAGCCCGCCGACCGUGAAAGGCUGGCGACCUUGGUAAAAGAUGCGCACGUUUGGGUUGACAGCUACCGACCGAACGCGAUCUCCAAGUUCGGAUUCAGCGACAACGACAUCCGAACACUCAAUCCCAGCAUCAUCCUGUGCCAUGUGCGAGCCUGUGGAAGCACUGAUCCCUGGAAGUCGAAGCCUGGUUUCGACAUGCAAGGUUCCGCGUCGAGUGGGAUGAUGAGUCUCAUGGGCCAGGACGAAGGGGACGGUCGAUCUCAGUGGCCACCAGGAAUGGUCAUCAAUGACUACACGACGGGGUACUCUGCGGCGUUGGCGAUCCAGAGCAUCGUUCUCAAACAACUCACGGGCGAGGUCGACGUGCGUGACGGUUGGCUCGUGAGUCCCAGCCUCUGCGGCACCGCGAUGGGGAUCCUGAAGUACUACAAGACCGCGCGCUUCGGACCACCCAGCGACCAGGACGGAGUCGACGCCCUACCGCCCGAGAAAAUUCGGGCGCAGACCUCCCUGGGGUACUUCCAGACCCUGGCCCCGCUGCCCAAGAUGAGCGUGACGCCCAUUCACUAUGCCUUCGGCCUCCUCCACCCCAUGGGCUCUGACCCGCCCGCCUUCCCGGGCCAUGGUGACGGGUACGACGUGCGGAAGGUGACGCCCAUGCCGAAAGAGGUCGUUCUGCACCAGAUGGGUCACCCCGCGAAUCAGAAAUUAGAACGGCUGAGGACGCUGGGGAAGAAAUUUCGGCGAAAAAUGGACGAGCUGCUAGAAGAAUGGCUUCUGACCGCGAGCAGCCGCCGAGCGGGAUGCCAGACGAAGGGGGGAGUGGCAUCUCAUCCUGCCCAGGGUUCACUGAAGGCGAGGACUUGA